AUGGGCCAGGCAGAUACCCCAGGCCAUCAUCUGCUUGGGGACCCCACCAUGAGCGACCAGGAAGGCAACACAACCAAUGGAGUAGAGCCAGGGACCACGCCUCCGAGCAGCACUAUGUGCAUCGCCGCCUUCGCCCCCGCCUACACUGCAGCCGUCCGAGCAAUGGGAGGGCUCAGGGAUUCGAUGGACACCUGUGCCUUGGAUGCCCAAGCCGGGCUGCCACCUGUGCAGCAGGCCACUGGAAUGCUCCUGUACGGCUUGGGCUCUGCUGCGGCAUCGGAUGAGGAGGACGAUAGCCCAGGGUCUCCUCGCUCUAGAGCCUCUCAGUUCUUCGGACUUCAACUCUUGUGCCCGGUCACUGGACCCAUGCCGCCGCUCAAAGUCCCCUCCUCCAUCACCGACACGGACAUGAUCGCCUUCUUCCAACAGGGCAUGCCUCGGUGGGACUCGCCGUUGGUGCCUGUCUGGCCUGCAGUUAGUCUGAGCACCUUACAUUUUGUACCAGCAGCGCCGCAGCCCUUGGUGACGGUCCUGAUUGCCAAUCAGGCGCAACCGUCGCCGCGCCUAGUGCUGCGACGUUCACCCAAGGCGGCUUGGGAACGCUCUCUAGGCGUGGGCUAUACGUAUAAAGGGCCGGUGUCCCUGGACCCUACUGCAUCUGACUGGGCUGACGUCUAUCUCCGUGACGGGGACGUCUUUGUGCAAUUAAUCAUGUUUUGGAUCUGGUGCACCACUGUGAGCCAGUUAAGAGAUGGAGAUGUCAUUGACCGCAUUCUCCCCGACUCUGAGGGUAUGGCACACAGGAACGGCAACGUAUGGCGGAUACUGCUUCUGCUGGUCCCUCUUUCCCUUGGACUGCUCUAUCCUUCUUGGGCUGUAGCUGCGGGUCUGCUUGUAGUGACCAUGGUGUCGUCGAAUCCCUGCAGAAAGGGACAUGAUCUGCGGGCUGCCAGGUGUAAGGUUCCGUUGACGGCGCGCACCUCACGCUCAUCUGCCAUGUCACCCAUUGGGACGUCCACUCCCAAGGUAGGGUGGGGACAGGAGCCGUCCGGAGGCAUGACCUUUUGGUUGCGACGUGUUCCCCGCCUUCCCGUUGCCUGCUGUCUUUGCGGUUGGCAGGCGGCAGUUGACUGCCUUGCUAGGGCCCCGCAUACCGUCAUGCACGAUGCCUCUCUGGAGGAGCUGGUCCCAACUGAGCGGCCUUGCCAUUUCCAACUUUGGCAAUGCUACCUCUGUCCUAGAGGGGCCCCGAGUCUGCAGUGGCAACAGCUCCCAGACCAAUCUUGGCAGGCCGAUCUCACCGGGGCAGCACGGGUGCAAGAAUACCUGUAUCGGCAUUGGAUGGCAGAUGACUUGGAGCAGCAGCUCCCCGUGUCGGACGGAGCCUGGGCCUUCACGGCAUGGGGCUGGCAGGAAGGAGCAUGGAAGAAAAUAGGCUGGGAAAAUGGUGUGCUCCACCGCACACCUUGGAAUACUGGACCACCACCCCCAGCAGCCUUACAAUCCUAUGCGGCCGAGCUCGAGGCCUUGCAGCAGGCUGCCCUAUGGGCCACAGUUUGGAUUGAUGCCAACCUCGCAGCAUGGGGCACUAGGCCGAUGCGCGUCCUAGCAGCUGUUGAUAAUCAUCAGGCGGCCCUCAUGGUGGCAGCGGGGCAUGCACAGGCAUUAACCCCGUGGGCGCUUGACGCGCGGUAUGCCUGGCAAGCCGUCCAGUCAAGGGUCAGCACCGACUUCGUGCACACGCCUGGACAUGCAGGCUUCUUGAUCAACGAGCUGGCAGAUAGCCUAGCAGGUCUUGCUGCAACAGGAUCCGCGAUCACUCCUGCCUCCCCUAGGCCGUUGCCGGCGGAUUGGACUCAGCUAUGGCAGACAGGGGCUGCGAACCUCUGGCUGGUCCCCUUUGGAACCUUGGAGGGAGCUACAGCCAUGCACAUUAACAUUGGUGGUACUGCGGCCUCGGCAGAGCAAGCUGGGGCGCCAGCCGCGGAAGCCACGUUGCUGCAGCAGCCAGAUACUCUGUGCCGGCUGCCUUUUACGGCUGUCCAGGCCAAUGUGCAAACCAUCCGCGAUGUCCUGCCUCAUUUCUUUAAUCGCACGGGCACUGGGCAACGUCGCGCCUAUCUGUGCCGCCAACUGACAGAACAAGAGAUUGAUGUCGUCACCCUUCAGGAAUGCAGAUCCAGGAGCGGUCGGUGGAAGCUGGGGCAUUUCUUGACUUGGCGCUCCGGGGCUGACAGACAGGGGCAGGCGGGCUGCGAGAUCUGGAUUCGCUCCACCUGGCUAGCUGGCGGCAAUGGGCUCGACGAUUGGGUGAUUGUUCACUCCGAACCCAGAUUACUGAUCGUGAGAUCGCGAUAUCUGCAGCCGCCAGUUGUUGUUGGGUCCGCACACGCGCCCCAUGCUGACCGUCCAGAGCCAGAAAUCCGCCGCUUCUGGGGGACCAUGAGUCAGGCCUUACGCAAGCUGCGCCCGAACUCGGCCAUCUGGAUCGGGCUUGAUGCUAACGCUGACUUCACCCAGGCAGACCCGGAGGGCAUGGCCGUAGGAUCCCGGGUUGGGGUGCAUGAGCCCAGAGUAGGCGAGGACAAACUUCUGCAGCUUGUUGGGGACUUCCAACUAUGGGCGCCGGCUACUUUUGACACCAUCCAUGCAGGUGCCACAUGGACCUGGCAGCAUGCGUCCGGUCUUCGUAAGCGACUGGAUCACUUUCUAGCGACUGCCGCACACUGCGAUGUGACAUGCACCCAGCAAUACCCUACACUCGAUAUCCUCUGCGGGGCGCGCGACCAUAUGCCUCUCUGGGCGGUAGGCUCCAUCACCUUGCCCACCCAGAAUCACAAACCGGAAGGGUCUCGUAUCCCCUCUGCGACUGAAAUGCAUGACCUUGCACCCAAGUUGUGGCGAAUGCAGCCUUCGUGGGCACAGAUCAUGCAUGUCUCCGCGACGCAGCAGUUGAAAUGCUUAACAGAGUCCUUCUCCCGGGCGCGCAAACACCUUCCGCGCAAGCCUCAGGCGGUGCCGACACAGCCCUACCUUAGCCAAGAGGCUUGGCAGGCCUUGCAGCGCCUCAAACGCACCCGUGAGCUUAAAGCAGGCUGUCGCAAAGCUGCCCUUAAAGCCUGGACCCGGGUAUGCUUCCUCCAGGCCUGGAGACGUGGUCGACAUGCCGACGGCCAGGUCCGGUUGCGGAUAUGGCGUAGGUACGCUCAGUUGGCCCAACUUGAACGCCGCCUCAAGCUGCUAACUACUAAACUGGCGCGCCGCGACAAGGCGAGACACUUGCACUCAUUGCUGUCCGGUGCGAUCGGCAAGUGGCACACUACAGGUCGGCCUGACCAGGCUCUUCUCCAUCUCCGUUGGGCAUCACGACGGGCUGCUGACCGUCGACGUGUCGCCGCUGCGGGGGGCUAUGACACGCAGGAUGCCUUGCGUGAACAAUUUCGCUCCCAGGAAGCGGGGACAGUAGUUACCCGCGAUCAGCUCCAGCAGCACCAUGAUGCAUGGCAAGCCAAGCCCUCGGUGGCGUGUCCGGCUGCGGUACCGACACUUGCGCAAGCGGAAGCCAUUUGCCGCCGACAAAAGGCCAACAAGGCCCCGGGACCCGACGGCAUCCGUAAUGGCCUAUGGCAAUCCCAGCCAGUGCUAGCAGGCCGGUGGGUCUGGCUCUUGCAGGCAAAAAUGGCCCUGUCGGUCAGGGAGCCGGCCGACUUUAAGAAUGCGCUGGCCUGUGCACUGUAUAAGAAGGGUCCGCCCCACCUACCGGCCAACUAUCGCAGCAUUGUCCUCCUGAACGGCGCGGCCAAGCUCUGGCACGGCCACUUGCGUAAUACCUUGGGCAGACGGGUCGUAGACGCGUACCAACCGCUGCAGCUAGGGGGACGCCCGGGCAUGCAUGUGGGAUCUGCCCUGGCCGCUUUCCGGUCGGCCGUCGGCCUGUCACAAAGUGCCGGGCGCUCGAUCCUGGCCCUUUUCGUUGAUGUUUAG